AUGGGCAUUCUUUGUUCUACUCUAAGUGAAUCAUCUUGUAAACUUUUUCAUGGAAAUUGGAUGGAGUCAGAAGAGGUACUUGGAAAGAUUACAACUGGAGUUAUUGAAGUUUUGUUUAUUUAUGGAGGAAAAAUCAUGUUUGACGAAGAAGAGAAAGAACCUUUGGUAAUAUUUGAAUGCUUGAUGGCAGCUGAUGAAUUAUUAUUGGACGAGUUUAUUGAUUACACACAAACAUUAUUACUAAAUAAACAUAUCCAAUGGCUUAAAGACAACCUUCCCAUAAUCUUCCGUAUUACUUUUAACACAAAUGCAUUAAAGAAAUUACAAGAUUUCUGUUUAGAUCGUAUUCGCAAAUAUCCUAAUCUGUUAUUUGACUCAGAUGAAUUUUUAUUAUUGCCAGAAGAUUGCUUGGAACAAUUAUUAAAGGAUGAUGAAUUAGAAAUGGAAGAAAUGCCUUUCAAAAAAUCAUUGGGUGAAUUCUAUGACACAAUGGAGAAAUUUCAUUUGCCCAUCACCUCCAAUAAUGCAGUCACCAAUAGUUCUCCUUUAACAACAAAGGAAUUCACAUCAUCAUUGACAAUUUAUCGACCAAAAAAUCUUACAAUUUUGCCAUAUCGUGGAGCAAUAAUUUCAACAAUUAUGAGUGUACACCAUGCAAUAACUAUAGCCUCAUGGAUAGAUAAAAUGGAUUUAACAAGUAAUAAUAAUGGUGGUGUAGAUAAUCAUAACACUAAUAAUAUUGCUACCACUAGUACAAGAAUAGUUGAGUCAGAUCACAAGUAUGCUUUAAAUUAUUGGAGAUCAAUUGGACCUUCAUUUGGUAAAUUCGAUUUACUAAUGGAAAACAAUAUUAUCAAAUUUAAACAUAGAAGCUAUCAUCCAAACAUUAUGCCAAUUGAUAAUGGGUAUGCUAGAAUUGAAGAUUAUGAAGUGUUUCAAGUGGUUAGGAAAGCUACUGUCUUGUCUCCCUCAUCUUCAACCAUUAUUAAUGCUAAUUCUACAUCUACUGAUAACAUUAUAUAG